AUGAGAGAGCCACCACGGUCAGAGCUGGGCUGAGCAGCGACGUUCUCUUAGACUGUAGAAACAGGACAAUUUCCCCAGAACCCUGCAACCCAGCAUCAUAUUUAGAUAGUCUGCUGGGCUUCCUGUACACCCGUGUAUUCUCACUGAGCAUCUUGAAAGCAUUUUGGCCAGAACCACAGAUGCUGCAGUUCCAGCUUGUCGUGGUGCAUUUGGCCCUUGUGAUUACCCUGCUGCAGUGGCACUCUAGCUCAGUGCUCCUCACGGAGGCAGCGCCAGAGCCUUUGGAACCUUCUGCUGCUCCAGGCAUGGGAGCACAUCCCACUGCCAGCGAAGAGAAGUCAGCCACCAACCUGGCAGCCAAACUAUUCCUUCUUGAUGAGCUGGUGUCUCUGGAGAAUGAGGUGACCGAGACCAAGAAGAAAAGAAGUUUCCCAGGAUUUGGCUCCCCGAUUGACAGGAUUUCUUCAACCUCUGUGGAUGCUAAAGGCAAACAGAGGAAAGCGGUGGAGCUGCCUAAGAGACGGUUUGGAGUUCCUCUCGACCGAAUCGGAGUGAGCCGUCUCGGCAACACCAAGGGUACUUCUGCUCGGAAUGAUUGAUGCUGUAUUGGAAACAUUUCAGGAAUACAGAAGAUGCAUCACAGCAUGUCUUGUCAUUGGCUAAAGAUUCAACACGCAAGGAACUGACGUCCUGCAAAAUCUGUUUCACGUUGCAUUUUACAAAUGUUGCAUUUACAAAUAAUAACAAAUUCAGUUCAUCAGGUCAGAAUGCUCUGACAGUUGUGCACUGUGCCACUGAUAGGAGGGAACAGAAAAUAUGUAUAUAGUUUAGUUGCAUGGCAUUUAUUUCUUAAACUAGCAGAAGUUCAUUAUCCUAGCAAGGACUGUUAGAUUUUUUGGAUUGAAAAUAAAACUUCCGGAGAUGCCAACAGCAGUCCAUGAAAAGCAGACAGUUUGCUUUGCACGUUUCUUUCAAGAAAGUGUUUGUGUGGUAGAUGAAGGGAGGAUUUAACAGUUAUGGGACAAACCUAGAAUUAUUUGAACUGCUGUUUGGGAGAAGAUGUCUACUGACUUCACUAGGAGUUUGAAUAAGAACUAUGACAAUACCUUAGUAUUUGUCCUCGUGAUUUAGUAGUCUUUCCCUUAUCUCUGCGCCAUAUUUAGACAUGUUUUCAUCGUAUGGCAGAUCCUGAAAUGUGGUGAGACUUCUAGUUUCCUCCUCUAAGCUGACGAAUACGUUUCACUCCUCCCUAGGCAUAACACAGGAUAGCAUCCAAAUAUGAAGUCAUCUACUUCCUAAGCCAUCUGCAUCAUAUGCCUUAUUUUAGCCUCUUGAUGAGCGCAUGGGGCACAAUCAGACGUCCAACUCUUAAAGUUCAAGAAUUUCUCACUCUGGUAAAAUGUAAACAUGUCCUCUCCACUUCAGAGUAAAACAGGUUAUCUUAAAUCCUGUUUCAUGCUUUUCACUUCUUUCCAGAUUAUAAAAUAUAGCUGAAAAGAGCUGUUUGCUGACAUCUCAAUGCUCAGAUUCCUAGCUGACAUUUUCUAAACCUCACAUGCUUCUUCUUGGGCUUUGAUCGAUGUCAGCUAAAUUCCUUGGAUUGCUAUUCUUAGGUAUAAAUCAACCUUAGAAUUACCAAAGAAGAUCCAUUGAGAAAGGGAUUAUGCGGCACUAAGAAAAAAAAAAAAGAUUCUUGCCAAGCACCCUGAGUUAGGCAGCCAGUAAGGCUGAAGAUAGGACGUAAGUGUUAAUUUCCUGAUCUUCUGUGAAGCACAAAGCACCUGGCUGUUGGCUAGCAAAAUGGGUGAAAAAUACAGUCAGCUUCUCAGUCAGCUACAGAAAAGGAGUUGGGAAUUCAAUGAGUCUUUGAAGUUAAAGUUGCUCUGAGGAGUAGGAUUUUGGAGCAAUUGCUCCUGUUCAGGCCAUGGUGGGAGGUGAGGAUCCCUCUCAGAAGGGCAGGUAGCAUCCAAUACAUGGCUUAGAGCCCUGCCCUGAGACCAGGACUGGCCCAGCCAGAGAAACUUUGCAAAAAACUUUGCUUUUCUUGACAUCUCCGAUAUAGGCUAAUGCUGCUGACAGCAGCUUCACAAACCAGUGAAUCCCAUCAAACAGAGCACUCUCUAGCUGAGUUAGGUGAAUUGUCAUGCUUGCCGUGAGGGGAAGCACUGCAGAUGCUUUCUAGACCAAGAUCUUCAACGCCUUAGAAAGAAAGAAGAGCUGUAAGUCCAUGGUCAUCUUGAGGUUUUGCUCCCUGCUUUUCCGCUGGUCCCACUGCUCGUUUUCUGCCUUUAAGCUUGCAGGUGAAGGCUCUGAGAGCUGGAUUGAGUGGGUGCGUGUAGACUGGCUGAUGAGAGACAAGAUUUUCUGUCCAUGCUAGAAGCAAAUUGGCAAAUGCAGACAAGCCCAGACCCUGUCCUCUGCAGUGCACUGCCACCACCUAUGCCGAGCCCGCCCUGCGGUUUAGUAAACAGUUAUCUCAUUGCACUGAGCUCAUCCAGCUAGUCUGAAAAUAAUCUGCUUGUAAAGCAGCCAUAUGUAUGGGGCAAGGGCAGAUUACGGAAGUGUUGUAGACCUGGCCAUUUAUACAGCUGUCUGUCAAAAGCAGCACGGACAGAUUCAUUGCCUGACAUAUUUGGGGAGACUCAGAUCAGAGGAAUCCAAUGCUGACACAGCAGCUUUGCAAAGGCAUUGCUGGAUCAUAAAAGUAUUGUAACAGUUGGCAGGUGUUAGCCUGGGCUUCCAAAUAAAGUUGGGUUUUAAAGCCUGUAGUUGCGUGCAGAAAUGCCCUCCAUCUGAAGGGUGAUGUGAAAGCAAAGCAGGACAGAGGUGUCUGUGAUGGUUUCGCUUGGGACUGGGAGAUGGAAGCGUCAGUCCUGCUCUUGGCUCCCACCUCACGGCAUGGAUUACUUGGGAGAAAGCAGCAGCCUUUCUGUUCCUCUGCUCCAUCUGCCGCAGAGCACACUGAGACCUCCUGUGGCUCAAAAAGCGCUCUUUAAAAUCCAUAAAGUGGCAGAUGCUCUUUAAAAUAUGAUGGUGUCUGAAAGGCUGAAACCCACAAUUUGUUUUCAUAGAUGAUAGCUUCAGUCAGCAUGC